AUGUCCGACUUCGGAGUAGACGACUUUACCGCUUCGAUGGUGCUCUCUAGCGCCACUGGUGUCAUUCUCCUUGUUGGUCCGGUCGCUAGUGUUGUCAUUGAACGACUAGGAUGCCGAUGGUCCGUGGUGAUUGGUUCGAUAAUUUCAGUAGCCGGAUUUGUUGCGGCAAGAUUUGCCGUUUCAAUUUUGCAGCUUGGAGCGGCCCUGGUUAUGGCUGGUGCUGGCAGUGGAAUCGUAAAUUUAGCCGGUGUCGUUAUCAUCCCAAAGUAUUUCGAUGCGCAACUUGCUCUGGCGCAAGGAAUCGGCUCUGCGGGCUGCGGAUUCGGCGGUUUCAUCAUGGCCAAGGUCGAGCGAUACCUUCUCGACGAGCUGAGUUGGCGGGGCGCGAUGCUGGUGAUGGGCGGAAUCAGCGCAAACCUCUGCAUUUGCGGUGUCCUCUUUGUCGAGCCGCUGAAAUUGGGAAUUUUCUUGCAGCAAGGGCUGAAGAAAAAACCGGAUCAUGAUGUCAGUUAUUCUAGCGGCGAUUCUUCAACAAUUUCGCGAGAUUCAAGCAGGGCUCCGCUGAAAACACCGGAUUCAGAAAUUUCAGAAAGUGAGAAAAUGAGCUUCGCGGAAAAUAUGAGACUCUAUGGAAGUCUUUGGUGCGACUGGCGAUUUUUGCUCCUCGUCCUCAGCGAUUUUCUCUCCUGGCUUGUCCAACUCACUCCCUACCACCACCUGCCAACAAUGGCCUCUCAGCUCGAUUUCGCAGACGGACAAGGCGCAAAUUUAGUCUCCAGUCUCGGUUUGUUCGCCGCGGCGGGAAAAAUAUUUUUCGGCAUGAUCGUCACGCGAACCAAAUUGUCAUCAACAAAUGUGUUUAUCAUCGCUCAGAUUCUCUUUGGCGUCAGUAUUUUGCUUGCGCCCUUUUGCGCGACGUAUGGAUCGUUGAUUCUGUUUGCCAUUUCUUUCGGCUUUCUUUCUGGCUGCUAUGCGCUGAUGAUGGUGAUCACUCAAGAUGCCCUUGGCGAGGAAAAGUUCCACGCUGCUUACGGAAUGCUCCUCUUUAUUGAAGCCGUCGGCGUGAUUGCAGGAUCGCCUCUAGCUGGAAAAGCAAAUGAUGCUUUUGGAAGCUACAAUUUGGCGUUCUAUCUUUCUGGCGCUGUUUUGGUCCUCUCUGCGCUGCUGUUGCUUCCGAUAAUGCGGGCUCAAAGAAGAUCUCUAGACUUAUAA